CGCCCCGCUCCCAGACCCGCUCCCAGCGCCGCCACCGCAUGGAGCCGCACGGGCCCGCCUGCCCCAGCAGCGUCCUCUUCGGCUGUGAGCUGACUGCCAGGACCAAAUCCUACACAUUUCAGGUGGAUGAAGAAGAUGACUCUGACCACAUUUUAGCACUGUCUGUGGUGUGCCUCACUGAUGGUGCCAAGGACGAGUGCAACGUGGUGGAAGUUGUUGGGCGAAACCAUGAGAACCAAGAGAUUGCCGUGCCUGUGGCAAAUCUGAAGUUGUCAUGCCAGCCCUUGCUGAGUCUGGACAACUUCAAGCUGCAGCCUCCAGUGACCUUUCGCCUGGCAGCGGGCUCUGGGCCAGUGCACCUCGCUGGCUGGCACAGGAUUAUGCACAGGGAAGAUGCUUCCUUUGAGGAGGAUGAUGACUUGUCUGAGGAGAAUGAGGAGGAGCUUCCUCCUAUUAUGCCAGCCAAGAAAUAGGAGGAGGAAGCAGUAACUUGUCUCCAGGCAAGGUGAGAGGUACUCACUGUGACUUCUCUCCCUGGAUGGUUUUUACCUUGGACACCUGUUGCCAGGACCUCAACAUUUGCUGCUUUUCAUAUUUUUUUGUUUGUGUGGUUUUGUUUUUUUUUAAUGCUGUUUUAACUUUCUGGGGGUGAAGGGGCUGCUCCCAGCACUAGGGUGUCUCCUUUCUCACAGCCCUGGGAGGGUGAUCCCAAAACUGGAUGGAUGCUGCUGGUAUAUCCCCUCUCCCCAGUCCCUGUUCUGGGAAUUGGGGACAGAGGAGGUGAUCCUUACCCUGUGCCUUUUUGUUGUCCUGGACUUCUGCUCUGUGCGCCCCUUUUCCCUGGCUGUGAAAUAAUCAGUCCUGGCCCCUUCUCCAGCAAAUAGAUGUAAAGCCAGUGAGACAGGCACUUCCACUGAUUCUAACAUGUUUGCUUUUGCUCACUCAGUUUGAUGCUUUUUAUGUACUUGGAAGUGUGAAAGUUGGGCCCAGUCUCUGUUCUUGACUGCAGUUAUGGUGGGGUGGGAGCUCACAGCCUGUCUGAUUUGGGGGAGGUUCUGGGUCAAACUGCAUUGUAAAGAACUGUUCUUACACUCAAUAAAGAUCUCUCAGGCACCAGGUCUGAAGAAAGGUCACUGCUGGCUGGCAUGUUCUUCCCAUGCAUGCUUCAGUGGGGCAAGUCUGACCUGUGACCUCUGCUGAGGAGUUGUGUUCCCCCAUGCCUGGGUACCUGGAGAGGGUUUGAUCCUU